AUUCAACUAACCGAUGGGGACAGCUUCAAAGUGGAUACCUGUUACUACACACUGCACACGGCAAGCACCGUACCAUCCAAGGUAGCCUCCCGUUGUUCCUAUCACAUACCAGAGCUUCACUUCUAGGCGGAAUUCUAUCUCGAUCGGUACUUUGGCAUCUGAUCCCCAGCAGCCACGUCGACAACCUAUCUCUCUUUCCUGUUCUUCAACAACGCACAAACCAGGCAUCAAAAUGGCCGACAGAUUCCCUUCGCUAGAGGACUUCGAUUCGGGUGCCCAAACCGACAUCAAGGACUCCGGCGCCGAACCAUCUACCGACGACUUCCUUGCCCGCGAGAAGGCGCUUCUUGGUGACGACGCCGAUCAGUUUGCUACUGGUGACGAUGCCAUCGCCUUUGGAGCCGGCGACGAUGAUCUUCUUGGGGGUGGAGGUAGUGGAAACGUCAUCAGCGAGGAGUCGACGUUCGAGUCGCAAUUCCCAGACCUUGCCCAGAACGAGGCUGUCACCCCUGGGCAGAUUCCCGGCGCUGGCAUCACCGCUGCUCCUAGCGUAAACUACAACUCCGGCUACAACGCCUUCGUUGAAGAGGAAGAGGAGCCCGCGGUCAUCCGUGAGUGGCGCGAGCAGAGAGAUGCGCAGAACGAGAAGCGGGCACAGCAAUUCGCUCAGCAGCGUGAGGAGACGACUAAGGAAGCUAGAGAGAACAUUGACGAUUUCUACAACAACUACAACGCCAAGAAGGAGAAGGGUAUUGCCCAGACGCAAAAGGACGCCGAGAAGUUCCUUGCUAGCCGUGAGGAUACCGUCUCCGGCGGCACGAGCUGGGAGAGAAUCGCGAAGCUGGUCGACGUCAGCGGAAAGGGCUCUAAGGGUGGCGCCUCCGGCUCCGGUAAGGAGCGCUUCCGUGAGCUCCUCAUCAGCCUGAAGAAGGACGAGAAAGCACCUGGAGCCAGCGGUUACUAGAUGCUGUAAACGAAUGGAUGGAUGAGAGGAUCGGCAGUCGCCGUCUAAGAGUGUCGAAUGCCGCGCAAGCACGAGACUUUGACAUUACUUGCGGAGCCGGUGCGCAUGUGUAUUCUAGAUGACCUUUUCUGCCUAAAGGAUGGAGC